AUGGUCAAACUUUUAAUCUAUGGCUUGGAGGCAAGUCCACCCACGCGCGCCUGUUUGCUGGCACUCAAGGCGCUGGAGUUGCCCUAUGAACUGGUGCACGUUAAUUUGCUUAAUGGAGAGCAUUUGACACCCGAGUUUCUGGAAAAGAAUCCUCAGCAUACGGUGCCAAUGCUGGAGGAUGACGAGGGUUGCAUUUGGGACUCGCAUGCCAUAAUGACUUAUCUGGUGUGUAAAUAUGGCAAGGACGAUGCACUGUAUCCACUGGAUCACCAUCAGCGCGCCAUUGUGGACCAACGGCUGCAUUUCGAUUCGGGUCUCAUGUUCACUGGCGCCUUGCGCCCGAUAACAAGAGGUAUUCUCAUGCUGGGAGAAACUGUCGUCGAACAGUCUAGAAUCGAAGCCGUUGCUGAAAUCUACGAUCUGGUGGAACUAUUUUUGGGUGAUAACGAUUAUGUGGCUGGCAACGAGCUGACCUUAGCUGACUUUAGCUUUGUGUCGUCAAUCAGCUGUCUGUGGAUCUACCUGCCAAUAGAUGCAGCCAAAUAUCCCAGAAUCUCAGCCUGGGUGCAACGUAUGAAGGAGCUGCCCUACUACGAGGAGGCCAAUGGCAUAGGAGCGGCUCAACUGGAAACAAUACUUAAAUCGAAAAAUUUCACCAUUGCAGCUUAGAAUGCAUUUUAUUUAAAUAGAUUACUAAAUUAACACACAUA